CCAAACUGCAGUGACAUGGAGUGGUCACUGUAUGUGUUACCUUAUUCGUCAUUUGAAGGUGGUGGACCCAGCGCCGUGGUUCACCAGACACAUCAACUCCAACACCCCAUGUUUCGUAUGCGAUUGGCUUUCCACCUCCUGCAGCUCUUCAUGUGCUACGUGACAGACUUCUUCUAUUAUAAUCCCUCCAAAAUCCGCCCCUCUUCACGUUCUCUCCAUUACCGUCUUCUAGCAACUCAACACCCUCCUACCUCUUUCUCUCUGAACUCAUCCUUUCUUCCCUUCUUUUCCUCUUCACCACCUUCUCUCUCCCAUGGUUCCACUCUUCCAAUCAUGCCUUCUCAGCCCAACUUCCACUUCUCUCUCCCAAGGUGGAUUGGACUGCUUUGCCACGGAAACCGCCAUAGUGACAGUAGCGGGAGUAGUGGCGACAACAGCAGCAACAGCAACAACAUCAACAUCGAUGACAAUACCGUCUCUAACUCCAUAGAAUGCUAUGCCUGUACCCAGGUUGGCGUUCCUGUCUUCCACUCCACCAGCUGCGACCAUGCCCACCAGCCCGAAUGGGUGGCCUCUGCCGGCUCAUCUCUUGUCCCUAUUCAAAACCUGCCCGGCCCCAAGAAGAUUCCCCCAUCUCGAGCCCAAUCACGCUUACCCAAAGGCCCCUUCGAAACCAUCCUCGACCCGCGUAGCAAGCGCGUCCAGAAGUGGAACCGCGCGUUCCUUCUGGCACGUGGCAUGGCUCUAGCCAUUGAUCCAUUGUUCUUCUAUGCGUUAUUAAUCGGGAGAGGUGGGGCUCCGUGCCUGUACAUGGAUGGUGGGUUAGCAGCAAUUGUGACUGUUCUUCGCACGUGCGUGGACGCAGUGCAUUUGUGCCACUUGUGGUUGCAGUUUAGGUUAGCGUACGUGUCGCGGGAAUCGCUGGUUGUAGGGUGUGGGAAACUCGUAUGGGACGCACGUGCCAUCGCCUCCCACUACGUGCGGUCGUUGAAGGGGUUCUGGUUCGAUGCGUUCGUGAUACUGCCAGUCCCACAGGCUGUAUUUUGGUUAGUUCUUCCCAAAUUGAUAAGAGAAGAGCAGAUUAAGCUGAUAAUGUCAAUACUUCUAUUGAUCUUCAUGUUCCAAUUUCUCCCUAAAGUGUACCACUGCAUUUACUUGAUGAGAAAAAUGCAGAAGGUUACAGGUUACAUCUUCGGUACUAUUUGGUGGGGUUUUGGACUUAAUCUCAUUGCCUACUUCAUUGCAUCUCAUGUUGCUGGAGGAUGUUGGUAUGUUCUUGCUAUUCAACGCGCUGCUUCUUGCCUCAGGCAGCAGUGUCAAAGAAGACCAAAGUGUGACCUCUCUCUGUCCUGCUCAGAGGAGAUCUGUUAUCAGUUUUUGAUACCUGCAAGCACAAUUGGAAAUCCAUGCGGUGGUAACUUUACUACCACUGUCAAAAAGCCAAUGUGCUUAGAUAUUACAGGGCCAUUCAAGUAUGGCAUUUAUAAAACUGCUCUUCCUGUCAUUUCUAGCAAUUCUCUGGCUGUCAAGAUCCUUUAUCCCAUAUUUUGGGGUUUAAUGACUCUCAGUACCUUUGGCAAUGAUCUGGAACCCACGAGCAAUUGGCUAGAAGUAAUGUUCAGUAUAUGCAUAGUGCUCAGUGGUUUAAUGCUUUUCACUUUAUUGAUUGGGAAUAUCCAGUUGUUUCUGCAUGCUGUCAUGGCAAAGAAGAGGAAAAUGCAGCUGAGAUGCAGAGAUAUGGAAUGGUGGAUGAGGCGGAGACAGUUGCCGUCUCGUUUGAGGCAGAGAGUUCGCCAUUUUGAACGACAAAGAUGGGCAGCCAUGGGAGGAGAUGAUGAGAUGGAAUUAAUCAAGGAUUUACCUGAAGGACUCCGAAGAGAUAUCAAGCGCUACCUUUGCCUAGACCUCAUCAAGAAGGUACCUCUGUUCCACAACUUGGAUGAUCUUAUACUCGACAACAUCUGCGACCGGGUUAGGCCCCUUGUAUUCUCUAAAGAUGAAAAGAUAAUUAGAGAAGGAGACCCUGUGCACAGGGUGGUGUUCAUCAUUCGCGGGCGUAUAAAGAGAAGCCAAAGCCUCAGCAAAGGCAUGGUAGCAACAAGUGUUCUUGAAUCAGGAGGGUUUCUGGGUGAUGAGCUGCUCUCUUGGUGCCUUCGCCGCCCAUUUAUAGACCGGCUUCCAGCCUCAUCUGCUACAUUUGUCUGUGUAGAAUCCACAGAAGCAUUUGGUCUUGAUGCAAACCAUCUUCGUUACAUCACAGAUCAUUUCCGCUACAAAUUUGCCAACGAAAGGCUAAAGCGAACUGCGAGAUAUUACUCAUCGAAUUGGCGAACAUGGGCAGCAGUGAACAUACAAUUUGCUUGGCGGCGCUACAGGACGAGGACUAGAGGUCCGGUGAGUCCUCUUGCAGAAAAUGGAGACUCUGACCGUCGACUACUUCAGUAUGCUGCUAUGUUCAUGUCAAUUAGGCCACAUGACCACCUCGAAUAAGACCAUGUUUAGUUAAUCUUCAUUUCUCUUUGUUGCUUAAUAAAAUAUUGUUCCUUUCUUAGGGGCAAAAUUAGAUUUUUUUUUUUUUGUACGAUGUGAGCAAUUUGAGCAUUGGAAAAUAGACUCAUUCUUCCCAAGUUAAUAAAAAGUUUAUUUUAGUUUCUUUCA